ACCUACGAAAUUAGCAAUAUAUAUUUUCUAAUAUAAAGUCAAAGCUAAACCAAAACUAACAAUAACAGAGUCUAAUUAACUAAUAGUAACAGUGUUUUUGGUCUGAUUAUUCCACCAUUGACGCUUGACCCUUGCUCCACAAAGUAACUCACAUUGACCGCUUUAUCCAUAUCGUUUGCCAUAAAAUGUAGUUAACUUUUUCAUCUAGAUCUCUGCAACUUCUUAAUUACACCACGUAAGAGGUUUGAAUCCUUUGAUGAAUCUAAAUUGAUGUUAGGGUUGAAGCAAAUGAAGAGAAGGUUUUUGGGUGGAGAAAGGAACACGAAGAAUGAAAUGAAUAUUUGUCGGGAAACAUUGCAUUUGGUAUUUAUUUGCAGAUGUCUGAGCUGGCCCUCCUUCCUUCUACGCAGCACUUCCCACAGGCCGCCACGUACCCUCCAACACUCACACCAAACUCUCUGUCCCUUCAACACGAAUCAAACAAAUUUAUUGCCCCCAACUAACUCACGUCAACUUUCAAAAGUAAAAUCGAAACUAAACCUUAAUUACCACCAUAAUUUUACAGACACAUCGUGUCUUAACUUCACUUCUUCUUUGCCUUCUUCUUAUCUCAAAUCAUUGUUAGAGAUUUUCGGACCCUUUGGAUUCGCUUUGUGAAUCUCAUUCCCCAUUCCCCACAACCCCAUUUAAACCUAAGAUUUUGUCAUCACUUCACAUUACAUAUCAUCAUCAUCGUCACCACCGUCACGUUCCACCGCCACUCACCCCCUUUCCAAACUCUUAGCUUUAGAUUCCUUUCCCCUUUCUAAUGACACAAUUCAACUCUCCAAACAACGCUUUAAUCAUGUCAAAACUCUAAUAACCCCUGUUUCUCUGUCUUUUCCCUUUUAUAUCAAUCACUCACACUUUGCACAAACUCACAUACAUAUGGACCUCACCAACAACGCCAACGACACAGAUUCUCAAACUCAAACCCCCCAACACCCCACCGCCACCACCACCACCAACGGAUCCCUCAAGCGCCACCGCCCCACCACCGUUCCUCCGCCCUCACAACCACCGUCCGCGGUGGUUUUCUACAGGGAGUGCCUCAAAAACCACGCUGCCGGCAUAGGUGGCCACGCGCUUGAUGGAUGCGGUGAGUUCAUGCCCUCCUCUUCCUCCAAUCCCACAGAACCGCGCUCGCUAACGUGCGCCGCCUGUGGAUGCCACCGUAACUUCCACCGCCGUGACACACAGCACUAUCAAAAUAAUCACUCCAACCCCAGGCCCAAUUUCAUAAGCUUCUACCACUCACCGCCGCCAUCCCAUCAUGGCACGGGCCUGUGUACUAGCUCAAGCCCAGGACCGAGUCCAAGCCCAAGUCCGCUGUCAAGCCCAAGCCCGCCGCCUCUCUCCCACCGUUUCCCAGGUCCGAGACCGGUCCAGGGGCUCUUCGGCCAGGGAAGCGAGCAUCACCACAGGAGUUUCAAUCUCUCCGAGAGCCCCAGUGGAAAGAAGAGGUUCAGGACCAAGUUCAGCCAAGAGCAGAAGGAAAAGAUGCAGAAUUUCUCUGAGAGUUUGGGGUGGAGAAUGCAGAAAGGGGAUGAAGGGUUGGUGCAAGAUUUCUGCAAUGAGAUUGGCGUUUCAAGAGGGGUCUUCAAGGUGUGGAUGCACAACAAUAAGAACAACAGCAGCAGGAAGAGAUCGUUGGAGCCUGAUGAAAAGAUCAAUGGCAAUGCUUCUGAUACACAUAAUAACAAUCCUUACAACGAUGACACUCAUUGAGAUUAAUUAAGGAUUUCUUACGUUGAAAAAAAGUUGGAGACAUCAUUUACUGGAAUAUUAUUUAUUAAGAGAUUUGAGAAGGAAAGGUGGAUGGAAGAUUUUGUGUUGAUUGGUACGUGAUGGAGAAGAUGAAGAUAAUAUAAAUAUAUAAGUAAAAUACAAAGUUGGCUUUAUAAACUAAUGUGUGAAACCUAAUUGGAAGGGUUUGUUUAUGAAUUAAGGGUAUAAAAAGGAAGAGAGAAGAUGAAAUUUGGAAUUGAGAAUGACAGUUAUGUGUAACACAGAUUGGGAAUCUUUGGUGUGUCUGUGCGUAGUGGAGACAUUGGCUUAGGCCAAUCUGUCACAGUGUCACCUUUCCAUAUUGGGCUUGGUUCAGUGGAACACCAACUUUUCUUUUAUUUUAUCAACACCUAAUCAUAACUCUUCUCUAAGAUACUAUAUUCCAUUAUUUAACAAUUCUAAUCAAGCACUCACUUUCUUCCAUUGCAAAAUCAGUGACACGUGUCCUUUUUCUCUUCUCUUUCAACUUUUGUAAUCGCUUUCUUGGGCUGGGAUCAUCCACAUUUUAAGAUUGUCGCCUCAUUCUAAGCACAACUUUUCAAUCAAAGCUGAAUCAUAUGUGUUUAAUCCAAUCUUGUUUUAGAGUUAAUAUAAGUAUAGUUCAUUGCCAUUUCUCUUACAUUGUAUUGUAAUUGGUUAAUUGGGUCUCAAAUUAGACUA